GCCGCGGUCGAAAUAUCAACCAGUAUCGCCUCCACCUCCGCCUGCGCCGGAGCUUCGUUCCCCGACUGCCAUGGCGUCUCCUCGCUGCGCCGCCCUCCUCCACCCCGCCGGAGCUCGCCGGGGUCUCCUCCUCGACCACGAGCAGCCGCUGUGGGGGACGGAGACGCGCCGGCACCGGCACCAGCGCCGCCGGCGUCUCAUGAGCGGCCUCGAGACCGCCGCGCCGCCCCGGUGCCACAAGAUGUAUGUACCCGGCUUCGGAGAGGGCUCGCCGGAGAAGAAGGCGGCAAUGAACCUGCAGCACUUCUUCAACUACAUUGCUGUCAGGGUUGUGCUCACACAGCUUGAGAGUUACAACCGGGAAGCAUAUGGUGAGCUGAUGGAGUUUGUGAACCGCAACUCCCUCAACGAUGCUGAUACUUUCUGCAAAAAGUUGAUUCGCGAGUCUCCAAGGCACAAGCAGUUAGCAAUGAGGAUUUUAGAGGUCCGUUCUGCUUAUGUCAAGAAUGAUUUCGAGUGGGACAAUCUGAAAAGGUUAUCUUUCAAGAUGGUUGAUGAGGCCAACACAAGGCUCAUGAGGGAUUAUGUCUUGGAGACCAGCCACAUCGAAGACGAAAAUUGAUGAAUUUUAGAGUCUCACCAUUGCAUCUCCUAUCCAUGCAUGAUACCAAAUUCCCCUCCACCAGUACAGAGCUAAACACGCGCAUAGUCCGACAAUAUUUCUGCCUUGAUGACCAGUCUUACAGAGUUUGCAUACAAGCUAGGUGUAUAAAUAACACAAGUCUGAAGAAGCUCACGCAUCUACAAAAGCUCUGUACCGAACAAAAUGAUCCCUUAGGGGGAGCGUGGAUUCUAAGCUCUUGAUGGGACAUCCACUCGUCAGCUUCUCGUCUAUUAUAUAUUAUCCAAAUAGUUAUCAAAAAAUAUGAAAAAAAUAUAAAGAUAGAUUAAUAUGUAAUAAGUAACUACACAAGCAUGCAAGUUAAAAUAUAACCUCUACAAAUCAUAACAAAAAUAACAAAUUAAGCUGUGAAUAGUAUACAUAUACUCACAAUCAUAUUUUGUUAUUUUUGCUAUGGAUUGUAGAAGUCAUAUUUUAACUUGCAUGUUUGUGUAGUGAUAUAUCACAUAUUAAUUUAUCUUCAUGAACUUUUUUACUUUUUAACUAUUUAACAAUAGAUGAGGGGACGUCCUUCGAGAGCUUAAAAAAGUUUCCCCCCUUAGGGGCACUAGAAAGUGCACACUACUGUUACAGAUCUGACUAGAGUGGUAUGUACAUGGAACAUGACAUGUAGUAUAUGUAUACAGUCAAACAUUAGUUCAAUAAAAACCCUGCCGGUAAUGCUGCAUGCAUGUGCAGAUUGGUUGAGAACUUUGAACAGUCGAUAA